AUGGAACAACGUUCAUCGCAAUCACCGCAUGCGACAGCGACAACAGUGCCAGCACCAGCAGCGCCAGCAGCAACGGGUGCAGCGCUGGGCCAAGUGCAGCAUGGGCUAAACAGGCUGUCGCGGCGGCAACACCAGGCACCAUUAUGGGCGUCCACAUGCACGGCAGUGCUGUCAUUUGUCAGCGUCAUUCUCACGGCAUUUCAAGUCACCUUUGAUCAGCCCUAUGACGAAGAGCGAAAAAGCCCUCGGUUGCUGUCGUACACGCACGAGGCAACAGAGGCCUUGGCCCUCUUCUAUGUUGUGGACGUGCUGUUCCUUCUCUGGCACAGCCCCGUGCUAGUUUCCACAUGCUGCAGUCAGUCCAGGCAUGUGCUGCUCCGCCUGUGCCACUUGUUCAGCCCUCGCCCACCACGUCGCAUCGCCCCACACCCGAACUUGGCCCAAGCACAGUACCCACUGCACCACCAUAAUCACCACCACAGCCAGCACCAGCAGCAGCAGCAGCAACAACAACAAGCGUCGCACCGUUUUGCACCUGCAGACGCCUUCAGCGGCGAUGCAGAAACGGCCACUGGGUCGCUUCGGCAGCACCCACAGCGCCAGCACCUGGCGUGGGCAACCUCCACAGAGCAGUUGCAACAGCAGCAGCAACAGCAGCAGCAGGAAAUGCAGCAACAACAAUUGCAACAGCAGGAUGACAGUGACAUACAGGCAGAGGAUGACAGCGGGCGCUGGCGUCAAACACCAUCGUGCCUCUCUCCUCGCGUUGCCAUCGCCCUCAUUGUCCUCAGCUCCCUGCCUGUGGAUCUCGUGUUCCAAUCAGGCGACUCUGCACACCUCGCUCGCUUUUAUCGCCUCAACCGCCUCCUGCGCGCUGCGUUUCUUUGGCAAUACGCGCGCAUGCAGUUUGAACGCAUCGGCCUCUCCUACAUGCACAUGUUGGCCAUCAAGUUUAUUGCGCUCAUGCUGGCUAUGCAGCAUCUCGUUCCGUGUGCAUGGGUCUUCUUCGGGUGCGGUGAGCGCGGAUGUGAUGCCUCGGGUUGGACGUGGUCGGCACACCUCGCAGCCACAAACUCCUCAUCAUCAGAUUACGUGCUUGCGCUGUAUUGGGUGGCGGCAACCACCACCUCCACGGGUUACGGCGACGUGUUUCCCGUCUUUGUCGGCGAGAAAUGGAUCACCAUCAUCCUCAUGCUCACAGGUGUUGUUGCAUUUGGAUACCUCUUUGGUGGUCUUGCAUCCGUGUUCAGCAACACAGGCGCCCACAGGGUUCGAUACCAGCAUCUUGCACAGGCAAUCACCGACCUGAUGCAAGCGGAGCGCGUGAAACCGCAGCUGCAGCAUCGCGUGGUCUCGUACUUGCAGUAUCUCUGGCGCUUCAAGGGCGGCCGCACACAGGCCGUCUCGUUCUCCGAUCUGCCCCUCAGUAUCCAGGCCCAGGUGGCCGAAACAACGCUGAAGGAUGCCAUGUUGCGACUGCCAAGCUUCAAGGAUCUUGAUCCUGCGAUUGUGCGCUGCAUCGCCAUGGAGGCGGCACCAAUGCUCUUUCUCCCAAACGAAUACGUCCUCAGGCGCGGGCAGACCGUGCCAGCCGUCUUCCUCAUCCAGAGCGGGCAGCUGCACGUGCGAGGUCAAACGGGCGCUGUGCAGGCGGUUCUCUCCACCGGUGACGCGUUUGGUGAAGCCGGCGUCUUGCUUGCGUUGCGGUCGAGUGUUGACAUUGUCGCUGUGGCACCGUGCGAUCUCUAUGUGCUCACGCAGGAGAAGCUCAAGAAGGCGCUGCAACCGUAUCCGGUGCUGAUGGCGCGGCUGAUGGCGAACGCAAAGUCGCGAUUGGCGGACGCGCAGGCGGAAUCGUCCGUUCGAGAUCACGCGCGGGAGGCGGCGGCAUACGCAGCAGCGACAACUUCACGCGUCGGCAGCAAGAACAACAGCGUCAACGCAGGACACACCUUGACUCGCCAAGCAACCGCAGCUGCAUGGCAACAGCCGACUUCAAUCGCCACAGGUCGUGGUAGGGAUGAUAUCACGACCACAACGACCCACGCCACACACAACCUACACGGCAACAGCCGCAGCAGCAACAGCAACACGGACACCUCACCGCCAUCGCCACCACCUCCGCCCAACAUUCCGGAACUGUCGCUGGUGCUGGGCUCGCCCUCAAGUGAAAGCGUCGCGAAUGACCCGAGUGCCAGCCAUCACCACGGCGACAGUAACAACGGCAGCAACAGUCAGAAGCAGCAGCACACUGCUGCUGGCAACGCUGGUGUUGAUCGUGAUGGUGACGGUGUUCAUGGUGGUGAUGACGAGCGGGUGACGCGGGCACGCAUUCACAAUGGGUGGACACGAGGAUCUCUUGCUUCUUCGUCUCUCAACGGUUCACAGCAUAUCCGCCGCGGUGGCUGGAUGCAGUCGUGUCUGUGGUGUCUCCUAUCUCCGCUCUUCUCAUUGUGUUCAACAAAGUCGACAACCACCACAGCGACAGCGUCGACCGCAGCGCCCCUCUCAGGUGCGAGUGCGGGUGCAGGUGCACGACACGCGUACGUGCGCGAUGUCAUCAUAAUUGCAGUUCACUCCGUCCUGCUGCUGUAUCACGCGGCCUUUGCCCCCGCAAGUCUUCCGCUGUGGAUCAUUACGUAUGCGCUGGAAGCGCCGCUGCUGCUGCGCGAGAUCAAAGGAAUUGUCGUCGCCAUUCGCACUGGCGGCUAUCCGGUGACACUCUUGCAGUCGCACACAGCACCGUCAUCAUCACCAUCAUCAUCAUCAUCAGCGCCACCACCACCAGCACCAGCAGUGGCAGACACGACGAUAGCUGUUUCCUCAGGUGCAAUGGGUUGCACGACCCCUGUUCACCACCACCAGCAGCAACAACAGCAGCAGCAUGGAAUCGAAACACCAGCACGCACGUCACCGUCAUCAUCAGCACCAUCAGCACCGCGCGUUGCGGCAAUCAUGGCGUCGUUUCUCCACGCCUGGAUACCAGCCAUCCUCCUUGCACCGUGGGACCUGCUGUGCUGGUGUGUGUUCCUGCCGAUGCCUGUGGUUGCUGCUGUUCGCCUCAAUCGUCUUCUUCGUCUGCACACGGCCUGGUCACUGCUCUCCCGCUUGGAGGCCGAAUCCUUCCAGCGAAACCACACCCUGCCCGCCCUCAAGCUUGCUGGCCUCACCUUCUUUGUGGUGCACACGUGUGCGUGUGGAUGGAGCGCAAUUGCCAUCGGCGGAUAUAAUUGGUUGCGCGCAAGCAACAUGACCACAGCAGAGCCCUUUAGCGCCUACAUUGCCUGCAUGUACUGGGCGAUUGCGACAAUGACAUCGACGGGUUACGGCGACAUUCGCCCAUUCUCUGCCGGCGAACGCGUCUUCUCGGCCAUUGUCAUGAUCCUGGGACAGCUGUGCUUUGGUGUUGUCCUCGCCUUUGUCGCCGCCAUCAAGGCAAAUGCUGACUCGAUGCAAGUGCAGCACCGCGAGCGCAUGGAUGCAAUGCAGCGAUACAUGGACGAGCACGACGUCUCUGCCGCUGUUCGCUCUGCCGUCAAGGACUACAUGACGUGCAGGUGGCGAAAGGACAAGGGCCUCAGCGCGUGGGACUUGUUGAAUGUCGUGCCAGACUCGCUUGGCCACGAGCUACGACUGGACAUUGCUGGCGGACUGAUUGAGACGUACCCGCUCUUCUCCAUGCUCGGGCCACAGCUGUUGACAAUCGCGUGCAAUUCGUUGCAUCCCCAGCUGUUCCUGCCUGGCCAGACCAUCAUUCGUGCGGGCGACAUGGGCAGGGAAAUGUAUUUUAUUCAGCGCGGGACAGUGGAGGUCUUGAACUCUUCUGGUGCUGUUGUCCACCGCCUGUCGAGUGGUUCAUAUGUUGGCGAGAACGGAAUGCUAUUUGCCUGUCCCCGCCUGGCCACCGUUGUCGCCGUAACACACGUGGACGCGUACAUGCUCGCCUGGACGGACAUUCAGGCCAUGUUCCGCAAGAACCGCGGCUUCCACAAGCAGGUCAAGUCACUUGUGCAGUGCAAGGCGCUCCUAAACGACAUUCAGCGCGCAGUGAACGAGAGCGCAGCCAGCAGCAGCAGCGAUCGUGACGCGCAGUCAUCAUCGGCAGCAGAAGCACACGCAGCAAGCCCACAAAGACAUGAGACAGGUCAAAAACACCCACAACAACAACAACACCCACAACAACAACAACAACAGCAGCAGCGGCAGUCGGAAGGAAGAGCUAGCCUUGAGCGAGACGAAGAGAUGUCCGCCAAACCAUCAGCAGCGGCAAACACGAGUGUAAUUGAAGGUGACGGCGAUGAUGCAAAGACACCAACCUCCUGUACAACAACAACAACAACGACGACAACAACAACAACAACAUCAUCAUCAUCAUCAACAUCAUCAACAUCGUCAACAUCAUCACCAGCCAGGCGUCCGCUGUUGAUGAUGCGAACAGCUAUUCGCCCAAGCAGCGCAGCCAUGCAGCGAUGGGACUUUGCUGUGCAAGCAGUUUCCUUGGUACAGAUUGCGUUGUUGUUUUUUCAGGCCGCGUUUGCGCCACAAUCGCUCGCACUGCACAUCGCCUUCUACCUGACAGAGGCAAUUCACGCUGUGGAUGCGUACCUGCGCAUGCACUUGGCCUUCUACACGAGCAAUGGCAUCGUCGUUUCCGAUCCCGCUUGCACGCUUCGCAACUACUUAAAGCAAUAUGCGUUGUUGGAUGCCGUGUGUAUGUGCCCCUUGGAGACUGUCAGUCUCGCCACCUUUGCCUUUCCCAGCACCGUGUUCUGCCUUCUGCGGCUCAAUCGCUGCUUCCGCCUCGCCCGCGUCAUGUUGUUCUUCGGAAAGCGCGAGAGCAACAUCGCCAUCGAUGUCGGAGCCGUUCGCAAGUUCAAGUUCAUGUGUCUGGCGCUCUUGGCGCUGCACGUUGUGGCGUGCAGUUGGUAUCUCAUUGGGUGCUUUGACACGGGCUGUUCGCCGCAAUCCUGGGCGCGGGGCCAUUUCAGCAGCAACCACUCCAUCACGGACGCAUAUGCGACGAGCCUGUACUGGGCAGCCGCCACGCUCACGUCGGUUGGCUACGGCGAUGUCCACGCGAGCACCACCGGGGAAAUGGCGUUCAGCAUGCUGAUGAUGAUGUCGGGGACGGUGUUGUCUGGGUACAUGGUGGCGAGCAUUGCUGCGCUGCUGGCAAACGCAGACUUUCUCAAGACGCGAUACAGGGAGAAGAUGGUGUUCAUACGGAAUCUGCUGCUCCAGUUUGACGUGAACCGUUCUGUUCUCUCGCGCAUCCUGAAAUACUACGAAUACCUGUGGAAGAGGAACAAGGGCAUGAAUGUCAAUAGCCUCUUUGGAAACCUUCCGAUGAAUCUCAAAUCACAAAUUGCGUUUGAGGUGUACCGGGAUGCUAUUGAGAGCGUGCCAUUGUUUGCCAACAAGAGCAAAGGCUUCAAGCGAAUGCUAUCGCAGCACAUGCAGCCGCUUCUGCUUGCACAGCACGAGUACAUCGUCCGCAAGGGCGAUCCUGGAGACGAAAUGUAUUUCAUUCACCGCGGAACUGUGGAUGUGGUGUCUGAAGACGGCACAAAAGUGUUUGCCUCCAUGCACGGCGGAGAGUUCUUUGGGGAAAUUGCGCUCGUGUUUUCGUGCCCGCGAACAGCGUCCAUUCGCACACAGACGGACUGUGACCUCUUCGUGUUGAGCAGGCAGGACUUUGAUGACGUUCUGAAGAUCUUCCCAGACAUUGCCGCGCAGGUGAAGGAGGAAGCGAACGAACGCUUCAACCUCGUCAAGAAACGCCGCGAAGAACAGGAGAAGCGAGGUAGCAAAGCUAGCAGUGACAGCGGCAAGAGCAAUGCAGCACGUGCCAGUGCUGACUCGAACGAGACAACAGCUUCAGGCACCAACACACAAGUAUCAGCAUCAACAACAGCCUCAGCCCGCCCUUCCACUCACCAACCGUCAUCCCCUGCUCAACACCCGCAGCACCAACAGCAACUACAACAUCAACAGCAACUACAACAUCAACAGCAGCUGCAGCCGCAGCACAACCCACCAUCCCGACUACAGCAGCUGCAGCCACCAUCGUCACCUCGAAGCGUGACGCGGCCCAACCGCGUGAUUGUCCGCCACCCGUCCCUGGAGUCGGUGUGGUCCUCGUCCGGGCUCAGCAGCGAAGACGAGAGUGCACACGCGAUCAACAACAGCAACAGUGGUAACAAUGGCGGUGUUGGUCUUGUAAGUGGACAGCUGCCAAUGCAUCACGCGGACCCUGUGCUGCUGUUGGAGGAGACGGCCCGGACACGAUGUGCUCACCCACGGUCGCGUUUCGCAUAUCGGAUCACGCGCGCACUGAAGCAAGCGGUGCUCGCAGCAGCCGCCAUCGCCAACACCCCACCAACGUUGCUCCGCGCAUUUGCGCCGCCGUUCUCGUUGCGGGAUGCCGUUCUUGUCCUCGAUCUCAUGUCCGCCCUCGCCAUCGUGUGCACCAGCACAUACACCGCCGUCUUUGACCGCGAGAGCAUCGCCCUUGCCAUCGCACUCGGUGCAAUUGAGCCCGUGAGCUGGGCAAUUGCCCUUGCACGCUGGCGGCAACGUCGGAAAGCCAGUGCCUCGAAACAGCUGAGCACGAAGCAGGAGGCAGCAGAAGUACAGCGCGCUGCAAAGAAAGACACUCCUGCUCCGCCGAAAACACCAAACACACCCACACGACCACAGCACAAUGGCAGCAAGCACGCGUGGUGUCGUGGUGUGUACAGAGCUGGGUGGACGGUGCUGGGCUUGCUGUCCUUUACGCCCUUUGAGGUGCUGCUGUUCUUCACGCGUCAUCCCCACGCGUUUACGGCCGUUUCCCUCCUGCGGCUCACGCGCGUGUGCCGCCUGUUUCGCGCCAUGCACUUCUUCUCCGCUCGCGAGGCAGAGCUCGAUGCGUCUGUGCUGGUGCUGCGUGUGAUCAAGUUCACGGCGUACAUUGCGCUGGCAGUUCAUCUCAUGUCGUGUACGUGGCAUCUUGCAACGUGCGGGCCCGACGUGACAUGCUCAUCCUCCUCCUGGCUCCCGCACGCAACCAGCCUCUCUCGCUUCUCCGUGUACACCAACAGCGUGUAUUGGACGAUGGCCACCUUCACCACCACCGGCUACGGCGAUCUGCACGCGCACACGACCGCAGAGAAGCUCACGGCGGUGCUGUUCAUGCUUGCAGGCAAACUCCUGUUUGCAUUCGUGCUCGGUAACAUCACCUCCACGCUGGCCAAUGCAGACUACCAACGUGUGCAGAGCCGGGAGCGGUUGAUGACCGUUCGUGAAACACUCAAGUUGCGUGGCGUGUUGGGUCCACUUGCCCACUGCCUGGAGCAUUUUGAGGCGCGUUGGCGCCGCGGUCUUCCCACCGACACUACGCACUUGAUGGAGGAUCUGCCGACAACAAUGCAAACGGAGGUUGCUCUCAUCAUCUGCCAGCCCAUCCUACAGCAGCUCCCGUUCUUUCAGGACACCGACGCGGGCUUCCUGCCUGCGCUCUGCCGCAAGUACCGGCCGCAGUUCUUUCUUCCUGGCGAUUCUCUCAUCGGCGUUGGUGACCAGAGCACACAGCUCUUCCUCGUGCACAGCGGCUGCGUGCAUGCACUCGACCGGCACGGCACCCUUCUCUCCGUGCACCGUGGUGCUGCUGCGCUUGGGUUUGACAGCUUCCUGGUGAACGCGCCGUCCACAGAAGAGCUGCGAGCGGCCACCACUGUGCAGGUUCUCGUCAUCCACCGCAACGACUUUCUCGACAUUGUCAAAGUCCACCAAGGGAUGGCUGAACGCUUCAAGUCACUCACGCAGCAGCAGGCAUGGCACGACGAAGACGCUGCAAAUUGA